AUGGCAUACGAUGAAUUAUACAAUAUUCCAAUAAUUCCUGGUAAAUUAAUAGUAGGAGAAAUAGAUGAAAAUCAGACUAUAACCUCAUCAAAUGCUCCAAAAUUAGAAGAACGAACUAAAGAAAUUGACAGAUUAGAAAGAAAACUAAAUGAAACAUCCCAUGUUACUGUCGAUAGUAAUCCAUUCAAUUGUAUUCAGCUUAAUGAGCCAACCGUUAAUAUUCGUAAUGAUAAUGGAUUAAAUGUUUGCUAUAGCUCAAACUUUAUAGAUGCUUCAGAGUUUAUUACAAUGAAAGCAACCAUUUCACCUGGAAUUUCUGCCACUUCGUAUAUCGAAAUUGAGAAGUUGCAAGAAUCACUUGAUAACCGAAAGGAGGAUAUUGAUGAAAUACUAAAAUCACAUUCUGUGUAUGCUAUAGGAAUUGACUUUCAAAAUGACUCUAUCAGACCAUGUAUUUCUUGCUGGGUUGCUAAACCGCUAGAUACUUCGAUCUUGGAAGACCUUGAAGCUAUGUUUGAUAAUCAGUAUGAAGCUAUAAACCAAAUAUUGAUUUUUGAUCAAAGUGAUAUUAAUCAGAAUUUAAGUGAAUCAUCUAGUAGCAGGGAUCACAUUAUUGAAGAAUUUGGUGAUAGCAAUUCAACGAGAAAUUCUCUUCCAAAUGAUAGAGAAAAUUCAAAGAAAGAACAAGAACCAGUCAAAAAGGAAGAGAUCACUACUGAAUAUCCAGAAAUUUAUCAAAAAUUUACUAUCAAUGUUCAUCUCCGGGCUAAAUAUUCUCCUAAGAAGAUUCGUCCUGAACUGACGUAUGACAUUAAUGUAUAUGAAAUCAAAAUAGGAAAUAUGCUUAGUAAUCAAUUGCCAUUGCCAUUUUUGCAAAGGCGCGGCUGUCGUGGAUAUUUCCUUGAUUUUGUUAAAGUUAGUGUUUCUCCAAAAUCAUGUAUUUCUAAUGAUAUGCAUAAUGCUUUGUUUACUUCCUUAGACACUGCAUAUCCAGAGUCGUUAAAUCGAUCUAUUGAAAUUUCAAAUGGUCGUGAAACAAACUUUGAGGGACAAAUUGGUGGAGAGGAAUGUAAUUAUGUGGGUUGUCAUACUACUGGGGAUACUUGGUCACAUAAAUAUGCUGCUAAUAUCCUUGACAAAAAUGGUUCCCACAGAACAAGUUAUAAUCCUGGUCACCAUUCCUCUAAGUGGAGUCCCAAUAAAAAUAUGGGAGGAUUUAGUAUCAAUAUUACUCAAGUAGUACGCUUUGAGUUUCCCCCCCUAGGACCAAAAUCAUUAACAAGACCAAAAUCAAUAACAUGCCCAGUUAUUGCUCAUAAUCUCGAAAUUUCUUUUGGCAACCUCAAAGACUUCGAUGCUAAAUUUGCUGAAUUAGCAAGGUCCAAUGGAGGACUCUAUGCUAUAGAUAAUAAUAUUAGUAUUAGAAACCCACAUAGUCAGGAUUUAAAAGGGAAAAGCAUAAUCAACCGUUCAUUUGAACCACCAAAAAUCAAUGAAUUAAGAAAACAUUGA